AUGGCCACCCGCACCCGCUACAAGUCACCCUCCCCCGUGCCCUCCCACCCGCCCAAAAUCCCCCACGGCCACGACACCACCGACGCGCUCUCCGCCUCCCACUUCCACACCCAGUACCCGCACUUCACCAGCAGCACCCCGCGCGCCGACACCCUCCCGCCCCCGCAGCAGCAGUACUACGACCCGCGCUUCAGCUCCGGGUCGCGCCACCCGCCCAAGAAGCACGCCGAGCUGCCCAUCCUCAGCUACCACAACGCCGUGCCCGAGUCAUUCCGCACGCAGGCGCCCGUCGGCGAGCCCGUUCCUGUUGUGCUCCCGCCCGUCAACGUCGCCCCGCGCUAUGUGGCUGCUGCGCCGAAGGCGCCGGAGAAGUCGCGCAGCCUGAGUAUACAGAGCUUGAUAUCGGCGCCGACGGUGGAGCCGUCGUAUGGGAGGUCGGGAGGGGGCGCGGCGGAGGAGCAGCACACGCGAAAGAGGAAGGGGAGCGACGACGCAGGGGAUAGCACUCGUGGCACCCGGCACGGGAGUCUUGUGCCCACGUCUGUGAGCAUCGAGGACCCGGAUGUGCGGGAGGUUGUUGAGGCCCUCGGGGGGCUAAAGGGGGACUUCACGCCCACGCCGGCCUCCCCGCCCCUCGCGCAGGCGCCCGAAAACGAGCCCCUGAUCGACCUGAUCACGCACCGCGCACACCCACUGCUCUCGUCCGCCAUCACAACCUCAAUCAACACCUACGCCGCCAGCAAGUCCUACUCCGCCUCGUUUCGCUACGCCGCCGAGUCCGUCGAGAACCGCGUCGGCCUCCCCGUCUCCAACGUCGUCUCCGCCGUUGGCCGCCGCACGGGUCUCGACGGUGUCCUCCGACGCGGCCUCCAGCGCAGCACCACACCGACCCCCGCGCCCGCCUCCUCCCCCAGCCCCCGCAGCGACACAAACAAGAAGCGCAAGACGCGCAAUGACCCGCAAGACCCCGCGCCCGCCGACUCAAACGGCGCCCUCGUGCAGCAGCACCAAUCGCCCGAGUCCCAGACAUGGCAGAAGCGCAUCGUGCUCGGCGCAUCGGGGCUCAGCGUGGCGCUCAACGAGGAGUCGCUCAAGAACCUGAAGUACUGUCUGCAGUGGCUGCGCUUCCUCAACGUGCACCUCAACAAGCUCGUUACAGCGCUGCGCAGCGUGGUUGAGGAGCUCGACAACCACCGGCCCAGCGCCGCCGCCAGCAGCGCCAAUGGCGUCGCCCCCGCAUCUACCGCAGGCCCGCCGCUCCUUCCGCCCAUUUAUGAGGGCCAGCGCGCAGCACUCACCGCAAAGGUCGAGGGCCUCAAGGCAGAGGUCGUCAACACCAUGAAGAAGGUCGUCGAGGUGGUCAGCAACUACACGGGUAGCGCGCUCCCCGAGAACGCCCGUGACCUCAUCAAACGCCACAUCUUCUCCCUCCCGCAACGCUUCGCCGCCGCCAGCGCCAGCGCCCCCGCCUCAAACUCUAACCAGCUCGUUCCCGGCGCUGCGCCCCCAGAAGAGGACCACAACUCGCCGCGCUCGACCGCGAACCGCGUCAUGGUACUGGCCAAGGAGGGGUUGGAUAUGAUGCAGCAGGUGAGCGAGGUGGUCGAGGGGACCAUCACGCGCGCCGAGGAGUGGUGCGAGCGGCUGGGGAAGCGGAAGAAGGAGGAUGUGGAAGAGCAGCAGCCGAGCGAGGAGCAGAAGCGGUCCGUCAGCUGGAAGGAGAGAUUUGAGGGGUUGGAGGAGCGCCGGGCGGUGAGGGGGGAGAGUGAAGGCGAUGGGGAUGUUAGGAUGCAGGAGAGUGGGAGGUAG